GAAACGAACGUUCACAUUGCGCAGCUGUCAGAAGUCGAGCGAUCAAGGGAAAACUCGAUUAUUUACCAAAUUUGCGAUUAAAAUUGCUACCCCAAAGCAAUGUCUGCAAUCUUUCGUCUGACCAGCCGCGCCGUUGCGCUGCAACGUUCCCUGGUGGCCAACCAGGCAGCAGUUGUCCGCGCCAUCAAUACGUCUUCGAAGAAAGAUGAGACCAUAACAACCCCCACUUCGGUCACCGCAGAGGACUUUGCCAAUCCGAGUCCUAAGAACUGGCAGAGCUACGGAUUCGACUACAAAGACCAAGUUGAGGAUCGCAAAGCCACCAAAUCGACAUUCUUCUUCACGGUGACACUGUGCCUGGUGUGGGGCACCUUUUACUGGGCCUACCUGCCCGAUACUCAGUUCCGCGACUGGGCUCAACGCGAGGGCUUCCUGGAGCUGCGCCGCCGUGAGAAAGCCGGCUUGGAUCUGGUCAGCCCCAACUACGUGGACCCUGCCAACAUUACGCUGCCCUCGGACGAGGAUCUGGCUGACACAGAGAUCAUCAUCUAAACAUUUAGUGCCCCUAUCCUUAGUAUGUUAUGUAAUGCGAAUGCAAAGGGAUCCCAAUGCGAAUCCGCAUUGUUUCCGUUAAUAAAACUGCAAGUCUCGGCGUGGACAAACUUGGCUAUUAGUCCCCUGGUGAUUAAUUUCCGUUAAA